UCCAUUGGACUAGACUCACUAGAGGGACCACUACUAUAAACAUUACCAGAGUCCCUGCUCCAGAAGAAGACCCCGUCGGAGCUAAACCACGGUCGACUUGGACAACUUUUUCUAAAUGUUUUAAUCACUUUUGUGCUCUGUGGAAAAAACUAAAACACUUUUGGAGUUGAAGCAAAGACAAGGACUGAGUUUUUUUUGUUCUGAAAGUUGCGCUCGCAUGAUUCAAGAGUCUCUCGAGAUUUUGUUUUCCUACAUGGGAGUUUAUCCAGAAGACCAUAUGGGGAUUAUGUGUUUGCUGUGAGGUUCAACGAACGUCGAGGAUAAAAAGGAAAGAGGAGUUUUCUCCACGGAAUGUAGCAAAAGGACUGAGGCACCCGUUCAUCCUCCUCCUCCUCAUCGUCCUCCUCCUCCUCUCCGGAAAUCUUUGGGAAUGGGCCAGCGCCUUGCCAGGGUGCAUCUUUCCAUCCGGUGGCGUGGCUGGCGUCGUGCGAGAGUGAGGAGGGCAGCGGCCAGGUCAUAGAGCCCGCCCACCCCUCUCUCCGCUCGCUUGCUCCCAAGUGACUUUUGACCUUUGACUCAGCCAGCGACCUCCAGCCAGCCAUGCCCUUCCGGCUGAAGCUGCGGCGCACGCGGCGCUACAACGUCCUGAGCAAGAACUACUUUGUGACACGGAUUCGCCUGCUGGACAGCAAUGUUAUUGAAUGCACUCUGUCAGUGGAGAGUACGGGACAGGAAUGUUUGGAGGCGGUGGCCCAAAGGCUGGAACUACGGGAGACCCAUUACUUUGGGCUGUGGUUCCAAGGAAAGACCCAGGCCCCGGCCCAUCGCUGGGUGGAGCUGGAGAAACCCCUCAAGAAGCAGCUGGACAAGUUUGGCAAUGAGCCACUGCUCUUCUUCGGAGUCAUGUUCUACGUGCCCAGCGUUUCCCGGCUGGAGCAAGAAGCCACCAGGUAUCAGUAUUACCUGCAGGUGAAGAAAGUGGUGUUGGAUGGACGUCUCCACUGCACAGUAGAGCAGGGGAUCAGACUAGCUGGCCUAGCAGUACAAGCUGACUUUGGGGACUUCACUCAGUUCAUGUCUCAGGACUUCCUCAGGGAGUACGUGCUCUUCCCAGUGAACUGGCCUAAUAGUGACGAGGUGCUGGAGGAGUGGACCCAGAAAGUCGCUGAGGAGCACAAGAGUCACUGUCGAAUGCAGACCGCUGAGGCAGAGCUGCUGUACAUCAAAGAGGUGGAGAAACUGGACGGCUUUGGGCAGGAGAGCUUUCCCGCUAAGGACAACUACACAAACGAUAUUUUCAUCGGUGUGUCCUUCAUUGGAGUGUUUGUCAAACACAGAAAUGGCAGAUCCAUCAUGCUCCACAAGUGGAAGGACAUUGGCACCAUAGCGCACAACAAGUCAGCCAUCACAGUGGAGAUAACAAGCAGAGACGACACCAUCAUUUUUCACAUGGAGGAUAUGGAAAUGGCAAAGUACAUCGCUCGUCUUUUCACGGCCAGACACAAAUUCUACAAACAGAACAAGAUCUGUGCAGAGCCCACGCACUCACCUGCACCAAUCAGGAGGAGACCCACCUGGACCAACCGCCUCUCUCUGCCGCGGCCCCAGUCCUGUAACUUCCAGUCAAUGCAUUCCCAGUAUGGCGAGCAUUACCAGGACACACAGAGCUCUCAAGACAGUAUCUUCCAUGACGACCCCUACUACAAGUCAGAGACCAGUCUGGACCGCUGCCCGGCGGACUUCCCCUACCGUAACGGUACCGUACCCAACGGGAGCAUGUACAGCAGCCCCAGCCUGAGCUCCCUCAAUCAUUCCCAGAAUUUCGUCCCGCCCUCGCCCAUGUCCUCCAACCUCAGCAUCCCCGGCAGCGAGCUCAUGCGCCCUGACUACAUCCCCAGCCACCGCCACAGCGCCAUCAUUGCUCCGUCCUACCGGCCCACACCUGAGUACGACGCCGUCAUGCGGCAGAAGCGGCGCAUGCUCCCCGCUCACCAUGACCUCCACAGCCAAUCGCUGCGCAGUCUGAACAUCAGUAAUGCGUGUGCUUACCGCCAGCCUGAGGCUCUGGUGUACAGCCAGCCAGAGAUGAGGGAGAGGGGCCCUUAUCAUGGCCUGGGGCCCAGCCCGGGUCCUUACGCACCACAGAUCAGCUACAGUAAGCCAGUAUCCCAUGGCCCUCAUCAGGGAGGACCAGCCAGCAGCCAGGGCCCCUGUCAUUCGCCCUGCGUUAAUGGAGGUGGAGGCGGGGGUGGAGGUGUAGGAAGCUCCAUCUCUCACACUGUCAGCACUCCUGAGCUGGCAAAUACCAAACAACAGGGGAACAAUGCGGGAAGCUAUGCAGCUACGGCCAACAUGCUGAGAAACCACAUGUCGCGCCCUCCUCCACCUUACCCUUCCAGCUCCUUCCGCCCGGCCACCAGCACGCCAGACCUGGCGAGCCACCGUCACCGCUGCAUGGGGGGCAGCAGUCCAGAGCUGGUGACCCGCAUGGUGCAGCUGUCGGUCAAGACGUUCCAGCCGGACAGCUCGGCCGUGGUGCACCAGUCCCUGCAGGAGGUUAGUGAACCGUUAACUGCAGCCGCUAAGCACCGCUCCACCCUGGGCAAGAGACACAGCAUGGAGGUGAUCAGCAGCAUGAGAGGAGGUGGAGGUGGAGGGAUGGAGGGCCUUGUGAUGAAGGGCAUGAACGCUCCCCUUCAUCGGAGGAAUACUCUCAGAGAACAUGUGAUGCCCCCUCAGCCUCAGUCCAUUCCUCAGCCCCAGCCCCCUCAGCCACAACCCCAGCCCCCACCUCAGCCUCCACCUCCACCUCAGCAGACACAGGAGUUGCCCAUGCAGAUGCCUGCCCAGAAAGCACCUGAGGCUUCUGUAACACCACCUGGACCAGUGGCUUACCAGCAUCAAAAGACUCUUUCCAAUGCUACCAUGCUCAUACACAGUAGUGAGAGUGAAGAGGAGGAGGAGGAAGAGGAGAGACCUGAGUUGGAUGUUCAGAUCCCAGGUCUCAAUGAGGACAUCAGCAUUAGCGCUCAGCUCCAAGCUGCUUUGGCCAAACUGCCCAACAAACCCCCUCCAGAGUACCCGGGUCCUCCCAGACCUCCGAGCAAUGCUCAAAUCCGCACCCACAAUCACACUCACCACCAUAACCACAAUCAAGGACCACAGAGCAACCAGGGACCAAUGGACCCAAGCCAAGCCCAGGGCAGAGCGCACAAAGCUGGGCAGAGCCCAGGUGGCGCCGGGCCUGGAGGUGGUGGUGGUUGUGGUGGUGGUGCAGGUGCUGGUGGGACACUGACCCGAGGGGACCAGGGUGGGGUGAAUGGGGCGGUUUUAGGUCCAUCCAUUUCAGAACCAGACCUCACCAGUGUGAAGGAGAGGGUGAGGAAAGAGCCGGUCAAAGAGAGGCCGGUGUCGGAGAUGUUCUCCUUAGAAGACAGCAUAGUGGAGAGGGAAAUCGCUCAGAGGACGCUGGAAAGACAGAAGAUGUCCGUGGACUCCAUGAAGAGGCCGCUGAUGAUGGCCGCCCUCAACGGCCUCUACGUGGCCCGGAUGCCGGUCCCCGAGAGUCCUGCGGAAGAAGGCGCCAAGGCUGCAACCGACGAACGGUGCAAGACCUUGGAGUUGAAGCUGGAAGAGGAGCGGGUCUUCACUGAGUAUGAGCAGGUGCCCAAGAAGAGGGCAGACUGUGCUCUCACCACGGCAACUCUGCCCGAAAACACAGAGCGCAACCGUUUCCGUGACGUCGUUCCGUAUGAAGAGAAUCGGGUCGAGCUUGUGCCAAACAAGGAGAACAACACGGGCUACAUCAACGCCUCGCAUAUCAAGGUGAUGAUCAGAGGGGAGGAGUGGCACUACAUUGCCACCCAGGGCCCGCUAGCGAACACCUGUGCCGACUUCUGGCAGAUGGUCUGGGAGCAGGGGGUCAACGUCAUCGCCAUGGUUACUGCCGAGGAGGAGGGCGGCAGGUCCAAGAGUCACCGCUACUGGCCCAAACUGGGCUCCAAACACAACUCGGCCACUCACGGCAAGUUCAAGGUGACCACCAAAUUCCGCACCGACUCCGGCUGCUACGCCACCACGGGGUUAAAGGUCAAACACCUGCUCUCUGGCCAGGAGAGGACGGUCUGGCACCUGCAGUACACUGACUGGCCUGAGCAGGGCUGUCCCGAAUAUGUCCAGGGGUUCCUCUCUUACCUGGAGGAGAUCCAGUCUGUAAGGAGACACACCAACUCCAUGCUGGACACCUCAAAGAGCCUCAAUCCACCUGUGGUGGUUCACUGUAGUGCCGGCGUGGGUCGCACCGGAGUGGUCAUCCUCACUGAGCUCAUGAUCAGCUGCCUGGAGCACAACGAGCCCGUGGAGGUUCCCACCAUGUUGUCCGGGCUGAGGCAGCAGAGGAUGCUGAUGGUGCAGACCAUUUCCCAGUACAAGUUUGUCUACCAGGUCCUCAUCCAGUUCCUCAAGAACUCUCGCCUCAUCUGAGCCCCGGGAUUCGGACCUUUGACCUUACAUGGCACCAGAUAACGACAAUGGUACUUUAAAUUAGCUGGUUGGAAGCAGAUACACAGAUUCAUGUUGAGUUUUCUAUUCGGCAGUUUAUGGAAAUUCUGGCAGAUUUUCAUACACACUCACCUCAAGGGAGGAAAGGAUUUGUGUAGGCCUGUAUAGAAAAUUGACAACUAUUUUUCUCCUAAUCAGUGUAUGUAGUUCUUUCUCCCCCUGGGUUUAAUUCUUCGACCUGGUCCGUCUGUGUGGAGAACGCAUGUUUGUGCGUUUCCCUCACGCAGGUGUCUGUCUAUGUGUUUUCUUGAGAUUUCUUAACAAAGAUCUUGAGAAAUCUCAGUUUCAGUUGGGAUAGAUCGCCUGCCUGCUACAUUUCUCCUUCAUUAUUUAGCCAUUGUUAGUAAUGGCACUACGCUGCAUGAACAGUAGGUGGCAGCAGUAUUAUUACUAUUUUCUACACUCUGAAAGAGUUUGCCAAACAAAAGUAUUCUUUGAAUCACUGUUCUAAAAAAUGUUCCUUUUUUAUUUUUAACAGAGUAUUGAUUAAUACAGCAAAUAUUUACUUCAACAUUGUAACAAAUGUUUUUAUUUAUUUCUAUCAAGAUUGUGGUCACCUUUCGCCAUUUUAACGGAGCAUUGACAAGCAUGUCGAUCCCUGCCCUGUCAGUUUUUAUUUGUCAUCUUUUGAACUUGUCUUAAUGUUUACUAUAUUUUUCAGAAAGCCUUCCUUGUCAGUGUCAAAAAGGAUUGCUCCCAUUUUCCGCGAUACAUUUCAAUAAGAUCUUCCUCCACAUGCAAACACACAAAGUGCAUUUUAAGACUGAAUUGCAGUGAUCAAACGUGUCCUAAAAGCAUUUCAAAAGUCUUCAAGUGUUUGUCCAAUGAUUUGGAGGUCAUUUAUAAAUAUAAUUUCACAGUUGGCAGUCAAUAUAGAAUUGUGUCCUUAUACAGCAGAUACUGAUACUAAUCAUUGUGCCUUAUUGAAACAUGAAACAAGGAGAAGCUGACAGCCUUAUCAUUGUUUUAGGGUUCUGGAUGGGUUUGGUAAACUAAACCUUUUACCUCCAAAGAUUAAAUCUUUAAAUCGGUAUUUAAUAGUUUGUUUUCUUAUAAGAAUAACUUUUUUAACAUUUCAAUUUAUUUACCAAACUCUUGGGUUAGGAAUUGGCAGUAAGAGAAUACUGAUAUCUUGGUUUAUUUUUGAAGGAUAAUAGUGUAAAAGUGACACAACUGACUUUGCCAUUAGUAUAAAUCUGAUCCAAACCUAAUAGAUUACUAUAUUGCCAUGUUCCUGUUUAUAUAAUUUAGAAUUUCCUUCUUUUUUAUUUUUCUGAAUCGUGAUGCAAAGCCAGCCGUGUCCAAAGUAACUUUGUACAUAAUGGGCAUGUGAGAAAAAAAGAUUUCUACAAAUGUUUUAUAUAGUUCCUUCUUUUGACUUGGUACUCUAAAAAUACCGCAACAUAAUAAACUAUGCAUGCAUUUUUAUAUUUCAAUGUAUAUAUUCUCAAGUAAGUAUAAGCUUUAUGCUCUCUUGACAUAUAAGUGUUUUGUUGCACUUCUGUUCUCUUUGUGACAGUAUUUCCUCACACGGCAUUCCACUGUUUGUUUAUAUUUAAGUUUUCCCCUUCAUUUUUUUUUUUUUGGCAAAAACUCCCAAAUACCUUUCAAAGUAUGUGUACAUAUGUUUUGUAUAUGCGUUUUCAGUGUAUCAAGUCUUUUGUUUUUCUCUCCCCAGACAUGUAUGAAGCUGUCGUACUUGCUUAUUAUGCAAUAAAGCCUUAUUUUCUUUAA